UCACGCGCGCUCUACCUAAGAAAAUAAGGCAAAGAACAACAUCUCAAAGAAUUCCUUCUCCUCAUCUGUUCCCCCAAUCCGGCCGGAAAUUCGCCGACUUAUUCCAUCUCUCUCUUUCCCCUACUUCUCAAUUUUAAACAUUGCCGCUCGAAAAAUUUUCUUUCUUUGCGAAACGAUCGGAGCCCCUCGAUUGAGUUUCGAGCAUCUUAUAUUUUCAAUACUUCUUCUAUUUAUGGCUACGUCGCCUCCUGUUUAUCCGGCUACUCUGCCAAUCCCAGUCGACCUUUUCGUGUCGAAGAAACAUCCAGGGCUCGCACCCAGUGAACUUGGGUUUGCUGAUUCCUUGGGGAAUUUAGUUUUCAGAGUCAAUCGGAUUUCUUCAAAAAAAUCAUCAUCUCGUAAGUGGGUAUUGCUUGAUGAAUCGGGAAUUCCCCUAUUUUCCUUGUAUCGCCUAAAUAAUAGAUCUUGGCAUGUUUUUAAGGAAGGUGAAGAAGGGGAGAAGAAAAUGAUAUUCAGAGUGCAAAGAACAUUGAACAAGUUUAGUAGAAGUGAGAUAGAGGCCUUUCUUGUAAGAGAAAAUUCAGCAGAAUCUACCUCUGACUUCAAGGUGAAAGGUUGCUCCUUCCAGAGAUCCUGCACCAUCUAUGGAGGCAAUUCCAUUGUAGCCCAGACGAGUCUCAUGUACAAGCUUCACCAGAUUUUGGUUGGAAGGAGUAGAUUUCGACUAACUAUAUUUCCCGGAUCUGUAGAUCAUGCACUAGUUGUAGCUUUGGUUGUGAUAUUUUUAUAUGGAUAAAAAUAACUGAACCAAAGACAAUAAAGAGUUAUACAUUUAUUCCA